AUGCGCCGCUCUCCGGGCUCGAGCCGGGAGCCGCGGCUGACGACGAGCACCGCCGUGCUGGCGGUCGCAUCGGCGCUCAUCCUGCUGAUGCUCAGUUUCAACGCCCGGCUCUACUUCUCCGCGGCGUGCGACCAGCGGCUGCAGCAGCUCGCCGACGAGAAGGACCGCGAGCUGCAGCGCCUGGCGCGGCGCGACCUGGUGGCGUACGUGGACUGGACGCCGGGCGCGCUGACGCCGUCUCGCAUCGCCGUCCUGGUCAUCGCGUACAACCGCGCCUCCUACCUCGACCGCGCGCUCGGCUCGGUGAUGUUGAGGCAUCCGGGCGGCGCGAACUGGCCAGUGUACGUGUCGCAGGACGGGGAGAACGACGAGGUCGCGCGAGACGACACCCUCCUCGCCGUCUCCGCCUUCAACGACAACGGCCAGCCGCGCUACUCCUCCGACACGUCCGCCCUCUACCGCUCCGAUUUCUUCCCCGGCCUCGGCUGGCUGCUCACACGGCGGCUGUGGGCCGAGAUUGGCGCCGGCUGGCCUGAGGAGCGCGGCUUCUGGGACGACUGGAUGCGAGAGCCGCCGCAGCGGCAGGGCCGCGCGUCGAUACGGCCCGAGACGAGCCGCUCGCGCACGUUUGGGCAGAAGGGGACGUCUCUCUCCCAGUUCUACAUCAAGUUUCUGGCGCCCAUCCAGUUCUCCGACCAAGCCGCCCCCGCCUGGGCCGGCCGCAACCUCAGCUUUCUGCUCAAGGCCGCGUACGACCCUCCGUUUGCCGCGCGGGUCGCCGCGGCGCGCGAGGUGGAGCUGCGCAGAGUCAUCGACCGCUCCUUCACCGCGAGCGGCGGAGGCGACGUGGUGGUGCGCUACUCGACGCCAAAGGUGCUGCUGGGCUUCUGCAAGCAGCUGGGCAUCAUGGAGGACCUCAAGGCGGGCGUGCCGCGCACCGCCUACCACGGCGUCAUACCGCUGCGCGUGGGUGGCGUCAUGGUCUUCCUGGCGCCGUCUUUUGCCGUGGACCAGGACAUCACCCAGCGCAAGCCGCCAUAG